AUGAUGGAAUACAUAGGAGCAUCGGGUGCCCCAGUGACAUUUGAUUCUGUUCCAAUUGAAAAAGGAAUUGAUUUCAAUUUCAUUCUCGGUUUUGCUAUUGAUGCAGACCCUUCUGGCAAUGUCCAAAAUGGUAAGUUCUCACCAUAUUGGGCACAAACAUUGACCCCAGAUUCAGUAGCAGCAAUUAAGGCACGCUAUUCCAAUGUUAAAGUCAUGGUCAGCCUCGCUGGGUGGAGUGUAAACGACAAAGUCAUUCGUUGGUAUGGUCCAGCAGAACCUAAUCUUUGGAUAUCAAAUGCUUUUUCAUCUUUAAAAUCAUUGGCAAUCACUUACCAUCUUGAUGGCAUAGACAUUGACUACGAAAAUUUCCCAAAAAAUGGUAACUUCGCUAGUUUUGCUCAUUGUAUUGGUGAGCUCAUCACCCUUUUGAAGAACCAUAAUGUCAUUUCCAUAGCCACCAUUGCUCCCUAUCAUCUCACAGUCAAUCCCUAUAUAGAACUCUUCAAUGGGUACUCUAAAGUUAUUGACUAUGUUAAUCACCAAUUCUAUACUGAUAAAGUUUUGACUCCUCAAAGAUACUUGGAAGAUUUUAAACUUCGAGCCACACAAUUUGAUAAGAAUAAGUUGCUGCCUAGCUAUGAAGUGAAUGGAAGGGGAAUUCAAGGAGAUGCAUUCUUUGGAACUUUAACUUUGUUGGAGGGAAAUGGUUUUGAGGUACAAGGCAUCAUGAUCUUCUCAGCUGAUGCAUCUUCAUCCAACAACUAUUAUUAUGAGAGGAAAUCACAGAAUUUCUUACUAUAA